UGCUCUUAGCAUUCCUGUAGUGAAGGAAAACUGGAAAAGCUAGGGAGGGAUAUUAUUGAUUAUUACAGUCGGCAUUGUUCUUUAGCGUGUAAACGCACAAUGCCAACCAAACCAUUAAUCCAGUUCCGUUAAUUUUAUGUGUAAGUGAAUUUUGUUGUAGACAUGAUGGCUGAAAUAUAGCAAACUUAAGGUUCAGAACCUUGGCCAUUAAAUUGUAACCAUGGCAACACAAGCAGCUGUCCAUCAGCGUAACCUUGAGAGUGCCAUCCUGUUCAUGCAGACUGAGCAUGCUCAGACACUGAAAGGUCUCCACGAGGAAAUCAAAAAUCUCCAGAAAAAAUGCUCAGACUUGACUUUUCAACUCAAUAUGCAAGGAAUAGGUGACGAUUCACCAGGUGCUCAAAGCGCUCAGAUCCAGGAUUUAAAGAAGGAGAUCCAGGAGCAGAUAAAAGAGAGGGAGGAAUAUUGCCAGGAGCUCCAGCGGAAAGACAAACAGAUCAAACAUCUGGAGACCGACGUCAAGCGAACGAAAAUCAAACACCAAGAGGAGCUCCGCAAACGGAGCGAAUGGGAGGACAGGCUGCGUGCAGACCUCGAGUCCAAAUCCAAUCAAGUGGCUUAUUUGACCACAGAACUGCAUAAACUCAAAAGAUUACAGUUAGAAAAUGGUUCAAAACAGGCAUAUAUUGCUAAUGCUUCUCAUGGACUAGUUCCGGCUCCUCCUGGACUUCCAAAGGAGCGGAUGUCAGGGAUCAGGAGGGGUCAUCGUGGAGCUAGGAAACCGGAGCAUGAGGAAAUACAGCCAGUCCGUGCCGGGUCAGGUGGCACUUCACGCUCCGAUUCCCCUGUUCUGGAGGCCGCACGGUCCAUCAUUGAACGAGACGACAUUGAGCCAGAAAUCAAAGAACGCAAACUGCCACCCCUUCCUCCCAUAAAAUCUGGUGAUCGGCAUGUCAUGUUUCAAAAGGUCGUCCCGCCUUCUCAUCGCAAAAAGCAUGUGGAAAUCUCGCAGGAGGUGCAGGUCAUAGCUGUAGAUCACAUGCCCACAAAGGAACAAAAGUGGGCCACUCAUGCCCAUGAGUCGAGAAGUUCUGAAAUGAACUAAAAUAUAAACUUAUCACGUUUGCCAAAUGUAUUUUACAUGUUGUGUUCUUUUUGUUACGUUUUGUUUUUGAUGCCAACUAUCUGAAUUUACAGACAUCAUUUUAUUGUGUGUAUGAUGAUCAUGUUUUUAUGAUAGAGAGGAUUUUUACUCUGUUUAUAGAACACAUUUAGCAUGAGGAAGGGUAUGUAAUUUACGUAUUCUUAAUUUGUACUUUAUAUCUAUACUUAUUUUAAUGAUGCUUUUUCUUUAAGAGGGUAGAGAGAAGUUUUAUAUGAUACAUGUUCUUUAUGAGGGUUGAGAGAAGUUUAAUACGAUACAUGUUCCUUACGAGGGUAUAGAGAAGUUUCAUUCCGUCCAGGUCUGUGAUUCUGCUUGUGAUAUUUUCAAAUCAACGUUAAAAACAAUUAACAUUGACCAUAGUUUCUCAAAUCAAAAUUACUGUAAAGUCAGUAUUUACCAUUGGCCAUAGUUUCUCUAUACAGAUAUUACUGUAAAGUUAGUAUUUACCAUUGGCCAUAGUUUCUCUAUACAGAUAUUACUGUGAAGUCAGUAUUUACCAUUGGCCAUAGUUUCUCUAUACAGAUAUUACUGUAAAGUUAGUAUGUUUAAGAAUGUCAUGUUUUUGAUGUUAAUAGGUUUGCUGUAAAUCAUUUAUGAAGUAAAAUGUGUUAAAUUUCAUCUCCCAUUUUCCCACUUCCAAGUACUGUUUUGAGGUACUCGGUUCAUCUUGAGUAUAAUGUUGUCUCAAGUUCCAUUUGAAUUUGCACCCAUGUGUUGUGACAAAAUAAACAUGACUUUUUACAGAA